UUUAAAUAAUGUUCAUUUCUCUACGGAUUUCUAAAUUCGGGCUAUGUAGCCAUGUUAUUUAAUUAAAUGUAAUUGGUGUACAACGUUUUCUCAAAAAAUCUAAUCAUAAUGACGAGUGUGUGCUUGUGUUUAGUUACAAUAUUUGUAAUGCUUAUUGAAAUAAAAGCAUUACGAAGAAUAAAUGAUUAUGGAAGCUUUCAGUCAGUUAUAAGCUCCGAAGGUCGACCCAUUUUGAGGGGGGGGAUGAAUGAACUUCAAGGUAUUAUGGGAGCUGCCUUGCGACCUGCUUUACGUGUAGGGCUCGAUGAAUUGAUACUUGAGAAAGCGGGCACUGCACUGCAACCAGCUUUGCGUGGAGGACUGGACGACUUGCUUGAGAAAGUGGAUGUUGACAUUAAUGUACGUCUACAGCCUAAAGGAAAACGAAAAAGGACUAAUCCCCCAAUGCAAACGAAUGAAAACCCAGCAAAAAAACAUAAGGAAGCUUAUCAAAUGGCGAUGCCAACAGAUGAAAACCAAGUAAAAACGUAUCAAAAUCCAGUAAAAAAACAUAAGGAAGCUUAUCAAAUGGCGAUGCCAACAGAUGAAAACCAAGUAAAAACGUAUCAAAAUCCAAUAAAAAAACAUAGAGAAGCUUAUCAAAUGGCGAUGCCAACCGAUGAAGACCAAGUACAAACUUAUCAAAAUCCAGUAAAAAAACAUAGAGAAGCUUAUCAAAUGGCGAUGCCAACCGAUGAAGACCAAGUACAAACUUAUCAAAAUCCAGUAAAAAAACAUAGGGAAGCGUAUCAAAUGGCGAUGCCAACCGAUGUAGGCCAAGUAAAAACGAAUGAAGACCCAGUAGAAACGUAUGGAAACCCAGUAAAAACGAAUGAAAACCCGGUAGAAACGGAUGAAAACCCAGUCCAAACGUAUGAAAACCCAGUAAAAAACCAUAGGGAAGCGUAUCAAAUGGCGAUACCAAACGACGAAGAGCAAGUAAAAACGGAUGAAAACCCAGUAAAAACGUAUAGAAAACCAGGUAAAACGUAUGAAAAACCAGGAAAAAAACAUAAUGAAGCGUAUCAAAUGGCGAUACCAACCGAUGAACAGCAAGCAAAAAACGAUCAGGAAUCGUAUCAAAUGGCGUUACCAUUACCAUUGCGAGAUGAUGAAAAUCCGCCGAAAGAAAGCGAGAAACAUUUGCGCAAGAGACACAAACCCAACUCUGAGGAAUCCGACGAUGAUAGCUUUCCGGUCAUGCGAACAGUAAUGCCUGACAGUUCGCCGGAAAAAAAAGAUUCUGUAGAAACCGAAGAAGCACUUACCUUUUUACAAAGUGGAGACACCAAAAAUGACGAUUCUAGCGGAGAAGAAACCAUUUCUUUAUUACGAGAAGAUGAGGAUAAUGAUGAAGACCCUUCCAACUACGAGAGGCAGAAGUAUAAUAAACCAGUAACGCUGCCCGAAUGGGCCAAAGACUUAAAGAAAUACAUAAGAAUCCUGUCAUCGAAGUACCCUCGGGAUGCCAUGCUCAGCCACCUCAGACCUGUGAUCAAAGUUUUAGAGCGCAAUCACCAAGUGAAAAUUAAAGAUAUCGACGUUGAUAAGCGAGGUCAAGUGAAGGUUAUAAUCAAAAAUGGCAGUAAACGUUUGUGAAGAGUCAACUUCAAACCGUAGAAACUACCAUCAAUAAUUUGAAUCUAAUUUAAUACAAAUUAAAUAUAUAAAGUUCAAA